AUGAAAUUAUUUUUAUUUACAAUUUUUUCUGUCUUAAAUUUGGUAUCCGCUCGAGAAUUUUCGAAAUGUGAAUUAGUGAGACAAUUAAGACACCAUGGUUUUCCUAAAAGCAAAAUGCGGGAUUGGGUCUGUAUUAUCGAAAAAGAGAGCAGUCGAAGAAAUGAUGCCAUGGGUAUCAUGAAUACAGAUGGCUCCUGGGAUCAUGGCUUGUUUCAGAUAAAUGAUCGCUAUUGAUGCAACAAAAGUAACUGGCCUGGUAAAGAAUGCCAUGUCACCUGUGAUCAACUAAGAAGUGAAGACAUAGGACCAGCAGCGAGAUGUGCUAAGUUAAUAUUCGCUCGCCACGGUCUUUCCGCUUGGUACGCCUGGCGUGAUCAUUGCUAGGGCACCCUGCCGCAGAUCGGCCAUUGUUAA